AUGACCCCCGCGCAGGAUCCCUUCUACAUCGUCAAGGACGAGAUCCAGGACUCGGUCACUGGGUAUUGGGAUGGGGGGUUUCGACCUCACUUGCGAGAAUUUGCAGCUCUGGAUCCAUUUCCUAGAUUGAUCAAAGUGCAAGAUACUUUCCACCAAAGGAAGCAGACACCUGAAAAUACUGGAGAGUAUGUGCAUCUGACCAAAGAACUACUAACCAGCUGUGAAAGUAUCCAGUGGCAGGUGGAUGAAUUGGAGAAGGCAAUUCAUGUUGCUGAGAGAGAUCCAGCAUACUACGGACUUAAUGAGGCCGAAAUUGGGAGAAGAAGGAGCUGGACUAGCACUGCACGUAACCAGGUUCUUGCUUUAAAGCGAAGUGUUGAAGGUGGAAGACAGAAGAGUGUCUAUGGACGUUCAAACAAUCCUUGUGAAUCAAUCAGAUCGAAGAAGAAUAUUGCACAAGACGAUGAUGAAUUCAUUGCUUCAGAAUCUGAUCAGCAGAUGCUCCUGAUAAAGCGGCAAGAUGAGGAGUUGGAUGCGCUUAGUGCUAGUGUACAGCGAAUUGGAGGUGUAGGUCUUACUAUUCAUGAUGAGCUUGUCGGACAGGAGAAGCUUCUGGACGAGCUUAGCCUCGAUAUGGAAACUACUACGAAUCGGCUUGACUUUGUGCAGAAAAGAGUGGCUAUGGUCAUGAAGAAGGCCAGCUGGAAAGGGCAGAUCAUGAUGAUCGCGUUCCUCAUGAUUCUUUUCAUCAUUCUUUUAGUUUUGGUGUUUUUGACUUGA